AUGAAUUAAAAGGAGAUUGCCAAAGAAGUGUUAGCUGUUUCAUUGCACAUUGCAGAUGCUGAUAAAUUUGACUUUGAAGAUUCUAAAAAGAGAAUGCAAUUACUAACAGAAUCAGUACUUAAAACAAGUAGAUUAUUGACUUAGAUGUAGAUCUAUUGAGAUAGAAACCGAAUAAAAAUUGCAAUCAGACUGUUGAUUUAGAGUUUUAAUAAAUUGAUAAUCUAAAAGAUCUGUUACCUCAUUUGGCAGAAUGCAGCAAUUUACGUGAAGUAUUAUGAUAAUGCAUCAAUCAAGUUAAUUUUGCAUGGUAAUCGUUUACAUACCUUACCUGAAGAUCUUUCGACAUUGAAUACAGUUGAAACAUUAGAUAUUUCCAAUAAUCUAUUUGAUGAUGUAAUUAUUUUAACAAUUUAUAUAGAUUAUUCCUAUAAUAAAUGCUUUGAAAACAAUGCCAAAAUUAAUACAUCUUCAUAUUGGAUUGAGGAAUAUUAAUGAAGAGAAAUAUUUAAUCCUAUAAUUACCAAAUUUAAUCACACUUAAUAAUAGAAGACUCAAAUUUUUUGAUCAACUAGAUAGUGAUAGACCUUCUGAAAGAUAAUCAGCACGAUCUGAAAAAUCAUACUAAAGUGAAAUUACUUUCAAUUAAGAUGAUGUGGAUAAUGUGGAAGUACUUCAUUAUCUAAUUAAGUUAAAAGAACCUAUUUAAUUAAAUUUGUAAUAUGGAAAAUAAUUCCAAUCAACAAAAAACACACUCUUCUUAAUUGACUGACCACGUUAAAGAUGUUAUGACAGAUUUUUCAACCAAAGUCUAACAAACUCAUUCCAAACACUUUCUUGAUACUCAUAUACUUAAAGUAAUAUGAAUUAAUCUAUUUAGGCGAAAUAUGAUUUAUAUGAGAUAUGUUUCAGAGAAUUAAUUGAUUAUUUUCGUAAUAAUAACAAUAAAUUAGAAUAAGUUUUAAGAACUUUAUAAUAGGAACAUUCCUAUAUAUUUAAUGAUUUAACAAAUAUCAUUUACAAUCUAAAAGAUUAUAAAAAAAUUUAAAAAGAUAAUCAUGAAAUUGAAUAACUCAUCUUAAAUAGUGAUAUUGUAAAAUCUUAAAAUAAAGAAAUUCAACUCUUUAAAGAAGAACAUGAUCGUCUAUUAAAUGAAAAGAAUAAAAUUUAAUAGUAAAAAGAUUAACUAUAUGAACUAAUUCAUCCUUUACAACUCUAAAUCAAUACUUUAUAAAAUACUUUACAAUAAUUGGAAUAGGAGAAAGAAAAUCUUAAUAACAUAAAUUCUUAAUUAGAAUAUUAAUUUGCCUAAUAAUAAUUAUUAUAGAGAUCUCAUAGAGAUAGUUCUAAAUAAAUUCAAUCUGCAAAUCAAUCUUUUCAGGAUAUUUAAUCAUUUUCUAAUUUUUAAACUUAAUAAGUUGUUAUGCUUAUUAAAACAACCUAAACAGAUUAUCCACAAUUUUUUGAAAAAGAAAGCCAAACAAAUGAUUAAGAAGGUAAAAUAAUUAAUAAAUCUAUUGAUUUACAAUCCUUUCAAUAAGAACUUGAAGAUUUGUAAUGUUAAAAUGAAUAACUUCAAUAAGAAAAUAAAAAAUACUUAGAAAUGAUAAUUAGAAGAUCAAAAGUAGAAAACUCAUCAAAUGUCAUGUCUGAUAUCAGUUAUAAAUAAACAGAAAGCCCUAGUAUUAUUGAAAAGAAGAGAUAAAAAGCCUUAUCAGAAUUUCAUCUUUUAGUAUAACCUUAAUCAUUUAGACCAUUAACUCUUAAAUAAUUAAAAGAUAUCAUUUAAGAUAUUUAUGAAAGCAAAUCUAAACAUGAUAUUAGACAAUAUGAGAAUAAAUUACCUUUAGAAACAAUCGAAUAACAUAUUUAUACUUACUUAUAUUGUAAAUAUGGAUUAAAAGUAAUUAAAAUAAAUCAUAUGUAGAACUUAGCUUUGGAAUGGGUGGCUUGUAUCAUUAAUGCAAUUAAAAAAUAUAUUACUGAAGAUAAUGAUGUAACUGUUUUUGGAUUAAUGCUUAAAAAUAAUAUAGAUGAAGAUUUUAGAAUAUUACAAUCUUAACGUAAAUUAAAUAUUGAACAUAUAAUUUAAGUAUAUAAAUUAAUUUAAAGAUUUAGAACAUUUUAUAAGCAAAAUAUAAAACAAAACCUGUAGCAGAAAUAAAGGAAAUGGUUAAACAAAAAGUGGCAGGAUAAAUAACUUAAUAAGAAGCGAUAGAAAUUUUAAAAUGUUGUCUUGGUGAAGAGGAUAGAGAAACUAUACUUAAUCUAUUAAAUAUGCAUUAAAUUAAAACAGCAACUAGUGUAAGUCCAAUUAAAAGAAUCAAUUAAAAAGAAUAACAAAGAAGACCAAGUGCUUAAAAAGAACAAAUAAAAUACGAAUUUUCUAUCUUUAUCAAGCUUAUUCUUGAAUAUUUUAUGAAUCUUUAUCAAUAAUACUUAGCAAAUUUAUGUGUAGUAUUUAAGUCUGUUGAUCAUGAUAAAGAUGGAAUUAUCAAUCAAGUAUUAAUUUAUAUUAUAUUUUCUUUAGUAAUAAUUUUUAAAAUUGACAGAAAGCAUAAAACCUAAUUUGAAGAAUGAAGAGUGUUCUCAAAUUUAUGAAAUAUUAGACCCAUUUAAAAACGAUAAAAUAACAUUUUCAUAAAUUGUUAGAGUGUUUAAAAAUCCUUAAUUGUAUAAUAAAAAUGUAGAUCUAAUAUAACAGAUAUCUAUAGUUUGA